CCCCUGUUUUUCGCUUACCCAACUUAGACUUACAUCCUUCCUCCUCCUGCUCUCUUCUCAACGACCACACCAUCAUGUCCGACGAUGAAUCUCACAAUCAGACCUUCGAGCAGGCCAGCGCCGGCGCGUCUUUGACGUUCCCGAUGCAAUGCUCUGCUCUGCGCAAGAACGGUCACGUCGUUAUCAAAGGUCGUCCCUGCAAGAUCGUUGACAUGUCUACCUCUAAGACCGGCAAGCAUGGACACGCCAAAGUCCACCUCGUCGCCAUCGACAUCUUCACUGGUAAAAAGCUGGAAGAUAUCUCCCCUUCCACCCACAACAUGGAUGUUCCCAACGUUUCUCGUAACGAGUACCAGCUCGUCAACAUCGACGAUGGCUUCCUCAACUUGAUGACUCAAGACGGCACUGCCAAGGACGACGUUCGCGUCCCCGAGGGUGACAUCGGCAACCAGAUCCAGAGCGAAUUCGAUAGCGGCAAGGACCUCCUUGUUACCAUCGUCAGCGCUAUGGGUGAAGAGCAGGCCAUUUCCUUCAAAGACGCCCCCAAGGCGUAAACGGAAGGGACUGUUUAUACACAUACAUAUAUAUUAUCGCUUUCGCAUCCAUCGCCAUCGCCAUGUAUUCCCAAACCCCCAUUCCUACAUCCCGAACGUACCUACCCAUAUACUCCGCAUACUCUUCCACCCGCACACCCACUGUUCUUUCGCUCGCGCCUUUCUCAUUUCCAGCAUCUGUGUGAAUAGGUAGUUGAAGCUGUAACCACAAUAUACUGAAUCUCGUAGGAGGCAAGCUCAUGCAAGCGCUACACUUGUACUGAUUCCAUCCUGCACCCGUUCUCCG